AUGCCUCGUAUACUACAAGGUCAAGGUUUAUGGUUGGGUAGACUCGAUGGUGGUACUGGGCUGGCUAAAUGGUCCGGGCGACAGAUGGAAGCCUUUUGUCGCAAACCGAGUGAAACAAAUCAUAACGACAUCUUACGAGUCGGCGGCAGGCUCAAGCAUGCGAACAUCGAUCCCGAGAUGAAGCACCCUCCCAUCAUCCCCUGUACCACGAGAUUAGCGGAACUCAUCAUCGACCAAGCGCAUGAGCUCACUUGCCAUGGAGGUGUGCGAUUAACAACAGCAUUUAUUCGGCGAAAAUACUGGCUCAUCGGCGGCAAUAAUGCUACAAAAAAACGAAUUCGUUUGUGCGUUAAGUGCAGAAGAGAGAAUCCUGUCCUUAAUCAACAGAUGAUGGGAGACUUACCCCCAUCGCGCACGAACCUUUCGGGGCCAUUCUUUCAUUGUGGUGUUGAUUAUACGGGACACGUAAACGUACAAUCCAGCAAGGACCGUGGUAUUAAGAUCACUAAGGGAUACAUAGCAGUGUUUGUGUGUAUGGCAACCAAGGCUGUACAAUUGGAACCCGUCUCGGAUUUAUCAACGUCUGCUUUCCUUGCGGCCUUGCGCAGGAUGAUAGCCAGAAGAGGCGUUCCAGGCCACAUGUAUAGUGACCAAGGAAAGAAUUUCAUUGGGGCCAAUAACGUAUUAAAACAGCAGCUGAUAGAGAUUCAAGAAAAUCAAGAAUUUAAGUCAGAGAUUGUAGAUAUGGGUAUAGAAUGGCACCAUAAUUGCCCAUCUUGGCCAUCCGCAGGAGGACUGUGGGAGGUUGCGGUUAGAUCCUUGAAACACCAUCUGAAAAGGGUUGUUGGUGAACAAAAUCUCACAUUCGAAGAGUUCACCAUACUUCUCAAUCAAUUAGAGGGAUGA